UCCCUCACAAUCAGAUGGAAACCAUGACAGAAAUGCCCUGAAGGGAAGUUACAAAAGAGCAUGAACCCAGGUUGGCUGUCACCAGAGCUCAUUAAUGAAAGUUCUAGUGUGUGCUCCAUGCAGCUGCUCUGUGUGUGUGUGUGUGUGUUCUGGACGGACUGACGCUGAGCGCAGGCAGGCGAACUGCGAACUCUCGCUGAGCUGGAAAGAAGCGCUAUACACGGUGAAAGUGAAAGGAGCUCCGUAAGUGUGGAAAGCACCGAACAGGCGGCCUCCCCCCCUCACACACACACACACACACAAACAAACAAACAACACAGGGAGACGGGCCACGGGUGUAGCUUGAAGGCAGCAGCGGCGGCAGCAGCUCAGCAGACACAGCCAUGGCCAACAUUGCGGUCCAAAGGAUCAAACGGGAGUUCAAAGAAGUUCUCAAAAGCGAAGAGACGAGUAAAAACCAGAUUAAAGUAGAUUUGGUGGACGAGAACUUCACAGAGCUGAGGGGUGAGAUAGCAGGGCCUCCAGACACACCAUAUGAAGGUGGCAGAUAUCAGCUUGAAAUAAAAAUCCCAGAAACCUAUCCUUUUAACCCGCCAAAGGUGCGCUUCAUCACUAAGAUCUGGCAUCCUAAUAUCAGUUCUGUGACCGGAGCAAUAUGCCUGGACAUUUUAAAAGACCAGUGGGCAGCUGCUAUGACCUUGAGGACAGUGCUGUUAUCUCUACAGGCUCUCCUCGCUGCAGCAGAACCAGACGAUCCACAGGAUGCAGUAGUAGCAAACCAGUAUAAGCAGAACCCAGAAAUGUUCAAACAGACUGCGAGGCUUUGGUCUCACGUCUACGCGGGCGCUCCUGUCUCCAGUCCUGACUAUACACGUAAAAUAGACAAACUCUGUGCCAUGGGCUUCGAUAAGAAUGCAGUAAUAGCGGCCUUGUCUUCAAAAUCCUGGGACGUGGAAACGGCGACAGAGCUGCUCCUAAGCAACUGAAGCCAGGUGUGAGGAUCCAAAAACCCUUCAUCACAGUGUCAGCUCCUCCACCACUGCCUUUUGUUACACAGAAAACAAACACCCCAUCCACCAUGGCAGUCUGAGCCUUCUUUUAUUACCAGUUUGUUUGCUACUAAGUCAACACCAGUAGCGCUGCAUUUGCCAAUAUGCACAGCACCCCGUUGCCUGCCGAGUCUUUACUCCCACCUACCCAAUAUGUGUAUUUCAGUAUUAAGCCCUCCCACCCUUAAAAAAUGAAAAAGAAAUCCACCCAUGCCUCCAGUCUUCCAUGCCCUUUAAACACAUUAUUUUUUUUUUCCCCCCACAAAUUUCCUUAAAGUUGUAAAGGAUCGAACAGCUGCUGUAAUCAGGUGGAUUUUCCAGGGUAAAAUGUAAGGAAAGGAAAGCCUGCUGACUGCUUCUACACUACAUUACCGUUUAAUUCCUUCGGCAGCCAGUUGGACCGUGUGUUUCUCUGCUACAGACUUUUAGUACUGUAAAGAAAAAAAAAAAAGUCUUGCUGGAUUAAAUUUUCUUGACUGGAUAGUGCUGUGCAUGAGCAGUGUAAUGUUUUUUUUCUCCUGAACAACCUUUCAUUGAUGCCUCAAUCCACUACAGAAGUUUGGAUGUACAGGUUUUAUUUUCUGUAUGUAGACUUAGAACAAAAUCACACACACACACACAUCUGCCAACAUCUGCACACAUGCACAGAAGAAAAAUCUGUAAAUAGAUCUGUGUAAAUUUGAAAAUACAGUGGGGAUGUACUUUUUUUUUUCUUACAUGGCAUUGUAAAACAGAUUAUUUUAAAUAUAAACUAUGCCUAGUUUACAAUUGUAAGGAGAUAAAUGUGUUCAUGCUUUUGUGAUCCAUGAGAAGUCCCUCUGAAUGUAUUUUGGUGUUUGUUUUUUUUAAAGGGUGGCACAGCCAAAAUCUUGGCCCUCAUGGCACAGGAGCUAACAACCAGCUCAGCCACUUUUUCUGCUAUCAUCUACAGUCCAACUUUUUUUUUUUUUGUGCACGUGUUUGUCCUUUCAUGUUGUUGCCUUUAUUUUGAUUUGGCCAGAUGAUGCAGUGGGUGUUUGUUUGGUUUAACACCCCUCUCCUACACUCUUGGAUCUCACAGGACUCAUUCUAUAUAAUCAGACACCUGGAACUUCUGAUGGGGAAAGCCACCAAGCACCACCCAGUUUGGCGUUACACUGGUAGGGAACCAAAGCCCUACCGAACACGUUGAUGGAAAGCGAAUGGAAUUUUUUUUCAGACAUUUGAGAGGAAGAUUCUGAUGAGUGACAUUAAGGAUUUGGGUUUGCAGUGCUGUUUUAUUUUUAUUUUUUAACCAUACGCACAUCCUCGGCCACAGAUUGAGGAUCUGCUCAUUAACAUAACCAAUAGGAGGCGGCGCUGUACACUUUAUUGCUGAUCCAGUCAAUCAAAGGCUUUGGCCAUAUAUACAGGUAUAUAGGUGAUGUCCUAUAUUCCCAAACAUGCUUUACUACACAGCCAAAUAAAACACUCACUGAGGUCGUCUUUGAACUAUGUCUUCUAGGUAGUAAAAGAGGCUGGAACUCCUCUGUUAUUCUAUGAAGUGAAAUAGCAGACCUGGGAAGUGUUUUCACAUAUUUUUGAUUUUGAGGUACAUGGACUGUAAAAACAUGUUUGGCAUUUAGAGAAAGGGUGUAGAUGCAUCCCCACACAAGGGGCCAUUCUGUUUUUAAUAAAGGAAUUAUUUUGCUUAACCUCCAGCUCAGUCCCUACCAGCACAGCAGUGUAUUACACUGCAACAUGGAGUUAAUGUGCAGCCGUCUUUGCUCACAAUGGGGGGAAAAAAAAGGAAGUUCAUAGGCAGGCCGAAUGCACACGCCAUCUCCCUUACUUGUAAAUAGCUGGGUUUGGUUCUUAAUAAAGAGCCAUCUUAUCACUAGAGUGCACCAUUGAUGGCUGGAUCGAAUAUUUUCUAAGAAAAAGACAAAAACGGACACCACCCUCCCCAGUCUUCCUCAUGAUGUACAAUAUUGCACGAUUACAAGCAUAGAAAAGGGG